UCUCUCUCUCUCUCUCUCUCUCUCUCUCUCUCCCUCCCUCCUCGUGGCUCUAGGACCCAGGAGAAUAACUCGCAGGACAGUUUAUUUUUUGAGUGAUGAAAAGAACCUGCUCGCAUCUCCACGCAGAAGACUGAGGGGACUGUGCAAGUCAACUGGCUAGUCUGGAUAGUCACCGCGCCGCCAAAGACAGAUAAAUUCACCCCCAAUCCACUCGAAGAAGAUCUUCCCCCUUUUUUCUUCCAUUCCUCCCUCCUCAGACUCCCUCCCCCAGAAACAGAGUCCGUAUUCAGAGCACCGGGACUCGGCUGGAGGAGCGCGUUUGGAUAAGGGAGGUUUCUGGAGAUCACCAAGUAGGGCAGCGGCGGAGUGCGCCCUGUCUAAUCAAACGAUCAAUCAAUCAAUAAAUCAGCUGGAUCACACCAAGGAGCUGACAGCCUCCUUAUUAUUCGCAUGCUCGAAUCGAACCGAUUUCGUUAAAUAUACCGCUAAAGGUUGAUUUGAAAGACUGACCAACCAGGCUUGCUGCAAAUGUGCCAUUCGCGCGCUCAACGCUCUCAAUGACAACACGGUCUCUUACUGACGGAAACACUUUUGCAUCUGGAGAGGAAAACGGCGAGGGACACGCAAGUCUGCUUAUGUCACGUUACUGCUGUUGGGACACUCUGAUUGACUAGUUACAUUUCAAAUAGGCUCUUGAAUAGUUGAGGCUGUCGCUGGAGUCGUGAUCAGCGGGAAUGAGACUGAGGGAAUCCGCCGCAGCUCGGAGAACUGGGCUGGCUUUCGCUCGGGAACUACAAGGCUAGAAAUACAACUUCUGUGUAAGACUUUAUCUUUCGAUAUGGAGCGAUCGGCAUCGCUGGACAUCGAGGCGCUGAAGAUGACUCAGGAGCAGUACAUCCUGGCAUCUCAGCCAAACCCCCUCCAAAGGCCGGGAUGUGCUACUGUGUACCCGGUUGGGAUUUAUGGCUGGCGAAAGCGCUGUCUCUAUUUCUUCAUCCUUCUCCUCCUUGUCACCAUGAUCGUCAACCUAGCCUUGACCAUAUGGAUUCUAAAGGUCAUGAACUUCACAGUGGAUGGCAUGGGCAAUCUCCGUGUAACCAAAGAGGGCAUCAGAUUAGAGGGAGUUUCGGAGUUCCUCCUUCCACUUUAUGUGAAAGAGAUCAAAUCCAGACGGGACAGUCCUCUGGUCUUACAGUCAGACCGCAAUGUGACGGUGAAUGCACGAAAUAACCUUGGCCAGCUGACAGGACAGCUCACUGUGGGCUCUGAGAGGGUAGAAGCCCAGUGUCAGCGAUUCGAGGUGAGAAGUAGAGAUGGGGAGAGAGUUCUCUUCUCUGCUGAUGAAGAGGAGAUCAGUAUUGGCACAGAUAAACUAAGGGUCACAGGCAACGAGGGAGUUGUGUUCAGUCAUUCGUUGGAAACACCACACGUUCGAGCUGAACCAUUCCAAGACCUGAAGCUAGAGUCUCCGACGAGGACACUGACACUGGAGGCUCCAAAAGGCGUUGAAGUCAAUGCAGGAGUAGGGGAAUUCAAAGCUUCUUGUAGGAAAGAUCUCACUUUAGAGUCUUCAGAAGGAGAGAUCUUUCUAAACGCAAAGUCAAUCCGUCUUGGAAAUCUUCCACACGGGAGCGUGGACCCUUUGCUCGGCCCAGGGACCACAUACCCCAAACAGACUGUGUACGAGGUGUGUGUAUGCCCCAGCGGCAAGCUGUAUCUGUCUCCAGCAGAGAGCUCCUCCACCUGCCAGACCACUAACAGUGUGUGUCUCUGGAGCUGAGAAAGGUGGGUGGGCCAUGGACCACCCAGCACCAGAAAGGCCUUCCUUCACCUUUCCAACCCUGUUCCUUCCCCUUCUUCCUCUACUUUCUGUGACCGCUUUUCUUUCUCAAAACAUUUCUGUUGAGCCUUUUCUUUUAUCCACCCAUCCAUCAAGCUGUCCAUAUCCCUAUCUAUCUAUCUAUCUAUCUAUCUAUCUAUCUAUCUAUCUAUCUAUCUAUCUAUCUAUCUAUCUAUCUAUCUAUCUAUCUAUCUAUCUAUCUAUCUAUCUAUCUAUCUAUCUAUCUAUCUAUCUAUCUAUCUAUCUAUGUGUCUGUCUGUCUGUCUGUCCAUCUGUCAAUCUGUCUGUCACUCGCAGGGGUCUCCAACAUAUUGAUUGCGAUUGACUGGUACAUCUUUAUCACCCAAAAAAUAACAGUAAAAUAAAGUACAAAAAUGCUUUACAUUUCUCCAUUCUUUGUACAGUAUUUUUUGUACUUAAUUUUCUGUUAUUUUUGGGAGCUACUGUGACAGUGACAAAGAAAAGUAUAACGUAAAGGAAGUUAACAGAGGUAGACGAUGCUGAAGACAAGCGCAAAGAGGAGAAAAUACUGUAGCAGGCCAAGAACAAGCUCGCUGUUCAAAAUUCUUGAAAUAUAGGAAGAAAAUGUGAGGUUAUAUUAAUGUAUCACUGAAAGGAACUGUCUUGAGAAAAGUGUUGAUGGCAAUAAUGGCAUUUUCUUCUCUUAUCUCUAUAUAAAGAGCAGCUCUGCUUUGUUUACAGCAGCAACCAAGAAAACGCUAUAUCGGGGCUGAUACAUAAGCGCCACCUGCUGUCAGAGAGUGAAUUUUGCGUAUCAUUCAGACAUGAUGUUUUUGUUUCAUGCAUAUGUUUUAUGUAGCCAAAAAAAAAGAAAGAAAAAAGGCUAAAGUCAGACCAUUCUGUUUUUGCUUUAAAUCCUGAAAGUAUACUGUAUAAUUCAAAUCAAAAACAACUGUUCAUGGAACGUGUGUAGCAUCAUUGUUUGGAUCGUGAUUAAGAUGCAUUGGUGGCCUUUAAUUUCAAAUGCCUACUAAUGUUUUGGUUUAUUUGUAUUUAUUUUUCAAUCUGAUUCUGAUUCUGCAACAGUUAUGAUCAGUGUAUCACUAAUUCAAAUACUAAAUAAAAUGCCUCAUAUUAGAAGUACAAGCUGAGAUUCUUCAAUAUUUAGGUCAUGGAUCCUGGGCUUAAAAAUGUUGGUGACCACUGGUCUACAGUAUCUGUCUGUUCCAUCCCCACUUCACACAUUGACCAUACAUCACUCUUUCCCUUUUUUUUAAUUUUUGGUUGUUUUCUCUUUCUCUUGUCUAUUCUCAUCCUCUUUCAGUGUAUCCUCUUUCCUAUCUUCCUCUUCCCCUUUGUCCUCUCAAGCAGAAAUCAGGAAUCAUUAGGCGUAUCUUGGCUAGGUUGAAGCUGCAUCUUCCCAAUCUGUAAAUGGAGCAGAAACUCUUUUUUCCUCUCUAUUUUUUGUGUUUUGUUCCUCCUUUUUUUCUUUUUUCUUUUUGUAUGAGCAUCUGACUCAGUGGAGGAUUGUGUGCCGGGACGCUGGACUGCACUUGUGAAUGAGCACACACACGGCGACCUGCAAACGAACGUGUGUUUUUCUAAAGAUACAAAGGUGCCUUUGCUACUGUUAGUAAAGCACAUCACCUGUAACUCUCCCUCCACGUGCAGUGAGACUUAGCUCCACUAGGAAAACUGAUCGAACGAACCCUCUCCUCUCUUUUAUUUCCUGGGUCAAAAAGACACUAUAAUGAACAGAAAAUAAAACAAAAACUUACUUUCCUCUUGGAUGUUUCUUUUUGGAAAAAAAAGCACAAACUUAUGCCAUGUACAUAACAACAUUAAUAAAUAAUAAUAAAAAAGAGAAAGUUUAUUUUAAGAAUUUUGUAUUUGAGAAUGCUUGAUAAAAUUUCUUUUUUAUUGUUUAGGUCUCAUGGACAUGUUUACAUGUACUAGUGAGUUAAUGUUAAAAAUAAUCUUGUUUUCUUCUUUUUCUUCUCCUUUUUUAAUACUCUUUAUCUGUCAUCAACCAAUUUCAGUUGUUGGAUUGAAUUUAGGUCCUAACUAAAAUUGAUCCUGCCAGUCAAAAAGAGGUGCCGUAAUCCUUUCUCAACUCUAUGGUUAUGUUUGUUUUUA